AUGAGGCGCCUGAACCGCAAGAAGACGCUGAGUCUGGUCAAAGAGCUUGAUGCUUUUCCCAAGGUUCCUGAGAGCUAUGUAGAGACAUCAGUGAGUCGGGGAACUGUAUCCCUCCUGGCCUUCACUAUCAUGGGUAUUCUGACAGUGCUGGAAUUCCUGGUGUAUCGAGAGACCUGGAUGAGAUACGAGUAUGAAGUGGAUAAAGACUUUACAAGUAAACUUCGGCUGAAUAUUGACAUCACUGUAGCAAUGAGGUGUCAGUAUGUUGGUGCCGAUGUCCUAGAUCUGGCUGAGACCAUGGUGACGUCAGCAGAGGGGCUUGUAUAUGAGCCGGUGAUCUUUGAGCUGACCCCUCAGCAGCGGCUGUGGCAGAGGAUGCUGCAGCAGAUCCAGAACCGAUUACAAGAGGAAAUCUCACUACAGGAUCUUCUCUUUAAAAGUGCUAUGAAGAGCUCGGUCACUGCCCUUCCACCCAGGGAAUACCCUCCUACAGAGCCACUGAGCGCCUGCCGGAUCCAUGGGCACCUGGAAAUUAAUAAAGUGGCUGGAAAUUUCCACAUCACUGUGGGCAAAGCAAUCCCGCAUCCUAGGGGUCACGCCCACCUGGCAGCUCUUGUGAGCCAUGACAGCUACAACUUCUCUCAUCGUAUCGACCACUUGUCCUUUGGAGAACUCAUGCCGGGAAUUAUAAACCCCCUGGAUGGUACAGAAAAAAUUGCACAAGAAAGUAACCAAAUGUACCAGUAUUUCAUCACCAUCGUCCCAACCAAACUGCACACUCGCAAAGUUUAUGGAGACACCCACCAGUUUUCAGUGUCAGAAAGGGAGCGUGUGAUCAAUCAUGCCACGGGCAGCCACGGCGUUUCCGGUAUAUUCAUGAAGUAUGACAUCAGUUCCCUGAUGGUGACAGUCACAGAAGAUCACAUGCCACUGUGGAAGUUCCUUGUGCAGCUCUGUGGCAUCAUUGGCGGCAUAUUCACUACCACAGGUAUGAUCCACGGGUUAGCUGAGUUCUUUGUGGACCUUGUAUGUUGUCGUUUCAGGCUGGGAGCAUAUCGGCCCAUUGAAGAGAACCACGCGCACAACAUUUCCUCCAACCACUGCUCAGAGACUUUGAGACCAGACCCUCCUCUGUAAAUGAUCAGGACUUUUGUUAUAAUAAACAUAUCUGGUGUUUUAUAUAUA